CAAAGCCAUCUGGUAUAGUUUUCUGACAAAUAUCUGAGCUGUAAACCUUAGACCUCGGUUUGGAAAGAGAGAGUUUCAAAAGAUAGAUAGAGAGGGGGAGAGAGAGAGAGACACAAAAGAGUAGUCUUCCCCUAUCAAAGGAAAAAAAAGAAAAAGAUCGUGUUUUUUUUUUUUGGUGUUUUAAAGAUUUGUAGGACUCAGAAUUUUAGAGAUUUUUUGUGGGUUUUGUGUGUGUAAAAAAGAUUGUAUUGGGUGGUAAUGGCAACAUUUGCAGGAACUACCCAGAAGUGCAAAGCAUGUGAAAAGACUGUCUACUUGGUUGAUCAGCUUACUGCUGACAACAAAGUCUACCACAAGGCAUGUUUCAGAUGCCACCAUUGCAAAGGCACCCUCAAGUUGAGUAAUUAUUCAUCCUUUGAGGGAGUCUUGUACUGCAAGCCUCACUUUGAUCAACUAUUUAAGAUGACCGGCAGCUUGGAUAAAAGUUUCGAAGGAACUCCAAAAACUGUUAGAGACAGAUCUGCCGAUCAGAUCCAUACAAACAGCAAAGUUUCAAGUUUGUUUGCUGGAACUCAAGACAAAUGUGUUGCUUGCAAGAGAACUGUUUACCCAAUUGAGAAGGUGGCAGUUGAUGGUACAUCAUACCAUAAGCCCUGUUUCAGGUGCAGCCAUGGUGGCUGUGUGAUCAGCCCAUCAAACUAUGUAGCACAUGAGCAUCGCCUCUAUUGUAGGCAUCAUCAUAACCAACUCUUCAAGGAGAAGGGAAACUUCAGCCAACUUGACAAGAGUGAACAAGUGAAAGGGGUGACUGAGAACGCAGUGGCUGAGUAAUUUUGUGAAUUUUUUUCAUACUGCGAUAUGUGUGAUAACUCGGAUAGUGGGUUUCUCAGUCAAAGUCGGGAACAACUGUUUGUAGUGUACAAGAAGAGUUAAUGCACUUUCCCUUUUUUUUUUUUUUUUUUUUUUUAAUAUACUAUAUAUAUUUUAUUUUUCUGUGUAAUAUGCUCUGGUUACAAAUUAUGGAUUGACUCACUUUGUUGCUAAUUUUGAGUGUGAGCUUUGAAUGGAUGAUAUUUGGUGAGUUGGUGUUCAUUUCUUUCAAUAAACCAUGAAGGAAGCCCGAUAUCUUGAGUUUCCUAAUUUGAGGCUUUA